AAUGCUCACGACGUCAUGGUCUUUCUCCACAUACAGAAGACAGGUGGUACGUCGUUUGGAAGACAUCUCGUGAUGGAUCUCGAUUUAAAGAGGCCGUGCAACUGUCAGCGAGCGCGUAAACGGUGCCAUUGUUUUCGACCGCACAGCAACGAAAUAUGGCUCUUUUCGAGAUACUCCACUGGCUGGAAAUUAAAAUUAGCAGCUGUCAGUAACGAGCGUGUGUCAGCGUCUCAGUUACAUCAUCAAGACGGAUACUAAACAAGUGUAUCUUUAUUAGUAUGAUAAACAAGAAAAUGGAACUAUCGAGCAUAUUAAUCGUUCGUCGACCUCUGCACCGCCAACCUGCGCAUUGUUAUGUACUAUUUGUAUUUAUUAAUACGAUGUUUACGUUGA